GAUGCACUAUCGAAUUGAAUUGCAAUCUCUUCUCUUCUUAUUUUUCUUCAUUUAUAAAUCCUGUCCUUUGGGCGUCUCUCCAUCUUUAAAAAAGGGGAGAAGAAGAAUACAGUUUGGGGCUUUUGCUUCUCUUCCAUUUGAGUUUCGAGGAUGGCGAAUUUUGGUGAGGACUUCUCACAGAUUGAUGUUUCUGAAGAGGAAAAAGAUAAACUUGUUGCAGAAGUAAUCCGCUAUGUCCUUUUCAAAACGCACCAAAACUCAGGAUGCCCUAUUAAAAGAGAUGAACUUACCCAUCUGAUAACAAAAAACUAUCGCCAGCGUCACCUCCCAGCGCUUGUUAUUAAAGAGGCAAGAGAGAAGCUCUCAAGCAUUUUUGGGUAUGAGAUGAAGGAGCUUCAACGAUCCCGUCCUUCAUCAACCAACCAAAUUCGUUCAUCUCAACAGAGUGCAACUUCCUACAUCAUCAUGAGUCAGCUACCUGCUGAUGUCUAUAGCAAAUAUGUUGAGGAUAAGGAGAAUGCACAUAUGACUGGUCUUACCUUUGCUGUGGUCGGUAUUGUUUACCUUUCAGGAGGUAAAAUAUCAGAAGAAAACCUCUGGCGUCACUUAAGGCGAAUGGGAUUAGAUGAAAGCGACGAAAGGCAUCCACUCUUUGGAAACAUGAAGCAAGCACUGGAGGCACUUGUGCAGCAGAGAUAUUUGCAGAAGGACAAAUUUAAUGGCCAGGAAGGCAAUACUUUGAUGUAUGAACUUGCUGAAAGAGCAACAGAUGAAUCGGUCGGCGGGAGAUUGAAAGAACACAUAGCACAGAUUGUGAAGAAAGAUGUUGCCUCCCUGGAAGUUGAUUGAUGUCCAGGCCAACUCAACACAGUUCUGAAUUUCAGUAUCUGGUUCACUACUGGAAGUCUGGAUGGCUUUUAUUGCAGUUCGUGUGGAGCGUCGUUAUCUGAUAUGACUUGCGGUUGCAGAAUGGUUUUUUUGAAACUCAGGUGCUCCUUUAGUCAUGCAUAUAUCUGCCUGGAUGAAGAAAAGCUUGGAAAAUGCUUACUCAUGUUUGUAUUUUGCUAAAUUCAGAAUCUUUUAACACCAAAUUGUGAAAGGUCGUUUUUACGGAUUGUAAACCAUUACACAACAAUUGUUGCCAACCGGCUUGUUGGGUGUUUGGGCGUAAUUGGAGUGUAGAUUUCAUGAA